AUGCGCCAGGGGUUCGCGAGCCGCGUCGCAGCCGCGGCGUCGAAGGGCAAGGCCCUCAUCUCCGUGUCGGACAAGUCGGGCCUCGCGGACCUCGCCAAGGGCCUGGUCGCGCUCGGGUAUGAGCUGGUGUCCACGGGCGGCUCCGCGAAGGCCAUCGCGGACGCGGGCGUUGCCGUGACCCAGGUGGACCAGGUGACGGGCUUCCCGGAGAUGCUGGACGGGCGCGUGAAGACGCUCCACCCGGGCGUUCACGGCGGCAUCCUGGCGAAGCGCGACGACGAGGCGCACAUGUCGGCGCUGGCGGAGCACGGCAUCGGGGCGAUCGACGUGGUGGUGGUCAACUUGUAUCCGUUCCGCGCGACGGUGACGGCCGCGGGCGGGAAGCCGGCGUACGACGUGGCGGUGGAGAACAUCGACAUCGGCGGGCCCGCGAUGCUGCGCGCGGCGGCGAAGAACCACGCGCACGUGUCGGUGUGCGUGGACCCAGCGGACUACGGGGCGCUGCUGGAGAGCCUGGGGGGCGCGGACGCGGCGGCGGGGGCAGAGCUGCGGAAGAAGAUGGCGUGGAAGGCGUUCCAGCACACGGCGGCGUACGACGCGCAGGUUUCGGAGUGGAUGUGGUCGGAGGUGGGCGGCGACGCCCCCCCGCCGGGCAUCACCGUGCCCAUGGAGCUGGCGCAGACGCUGCGGUACGGCGAGAACCCGCACCAGACGGCCGCGUUCUACCGCGAUCUGUCGCUGUGCGAGGCCGACCUCGGCGGCAUCGGCGCCGCGGUGCAGCACCACGGCAAGGAGAUGUCGUACAACAACUACCUCGACGCCGACGCGGCGUACCAGUGCGUGUGCGACUUCACGGAGCCCACGUGCGUCAUCGUGAAGCACACCAACCCGUGCGGCGUCGCCUCGCUCCCGGACCUCCUCGAGUCGUACCGCGCGGCCGUCCGCGCCGACCCCGUGUCGGCCUUCGGCGGCAUCGUGGCCUUCAACCGCCCCGUGGACGCGGACCUCGCGCGGGAGAUCCGCGAGUUCCGCUCCCCGACGGACGGCGAGACGCGGAUGUUCUACGAGAUCGUCAUCGCGCCCGGGUACACCCCCGAGGGCCUCGAGGUCAUCAAGGGCAAGAGCAAGAACCUGCGCAUCCUCGAGGCCAAGCCGCGCGCGCCCGAGGGCCGCUCGCUGCGGCAGGUCGGCGCCGGCUGGCUGCUGCAGGGCGCGGACACGCUCGUGCCGGAGGACAUUGAGUUUGAGUGCGUGAGCGAGGUGAAGCCCACGCCCGAGCAGCUGGAGGACCUGAAGUUCGCGUGGCGGUGCGUGAAGCACGUGAAGAGCAACGCGAUCACGGUGGCGCGCGGCGGGCGGCUGCUGGGAAUGGGCUCGGGGCAGCCGAACCGCGUGAAGAGUGCACAGAUUGCAAUGGAGAAGGCGGGCGACGAGGUGGAGGGGAGCGCGAUGGCGUCGGACGCGUUCUUCCCCUUCUCAUGGGGGGACACGGUUGAGAUGGCGUGCCAGGCGGGGGUCAAGGCGAUCGCGCACCCAGGCGGGUCGAUCCGGGACCAGGAUGCCGUCGACUGCUGCAACAAGUACGGCGUGGCGCUCGUGGUGACGGGGAACCGCCACUUCAAGCACUGA